GGGCCCCGCGCACCCCCAGCCCUCCAUGCAGCUUGGAGCCGGCCGGUGACAGGGCAGCCACCAUGUCGCAGGGCGCCGGGGGCAGCGGCAGCCGCCUCCUCCUCCUCACCGGGCUCCUCUUGGCGCUGGGGCUGUCCCCGACAUCGUCCAUCCACGUGUACACGCAGCGGGAGGUGCACGGCACCGUCGGCUCCCACGUCACCCUCUCCUGCAGCUUCUGGUCCAGCGAGUGGAUCUCUGAGGACAUCUCCAUCACCUGGCACUUCCAAGCUGAGGGCUCCCGCGACAGCAUCUCCAUAUUCCACUUCGCCAAAGGCCAGCCCUACAUCGAUGAUGUGGGCAGCUUCAAGGAGCGGAUGGAGUGGGUGGGCAACCCCCGCCGCAAGGACGGCUCCAUCGUCAUCCACAACCUGGACUACACCGACAACGGCACCUUCACCUGCGACGUCAAGAACCCCCCCGACAUCGUGGGCAAAUCCUCCCAGGUCACGCUCUACGUCUUCGAGAAAGUGCCCACCCGCUACGGUGUUGUCCUGGGCUCCAUCAUCGGUGGGGCUCUGCUGCUGGUGGCCGUGGUGGUGGCCCUCGUCUAUCUCAUCCGCUACUGCUGGCUGCGGAGGCAGGUGGCCCUGCAACGACGGCUGAGUGCCAUGGAGAAGGGGAAGCUGCAGCGAUCAGCCAAAGACGCGUCCAAGCGCAGCCGGCAGGCGCCCGUGCUCUACGCCAUGCUGGACCACAGCCGCAGCACCAAGGCAGCGAGCGAGAAGAAAGCCAAGGGAGCCCCGGGAGACUCCCGCAAGGAUAAGAAAUAGCGGUUAGCAGGCAGGGAAGGUACCGGGGGGGCGGGCGCCGGGGCCUCCCGGCCCCCUAAAGUCGUCAUGACCAUCGAGAUGGAGCUGCGGAGGGAGGAGGCCGAGGCCGCCCGCCCCCCGCCCGCCGUCCGCUCCCCCAGCAAGGGCAGCCUCAAGAGCGCCCUGAUGCACAUCAUCAAGCCCAACUCGGGGACCUGACGCCCGGCCGCCGGCGGAGGGGAGGGGGGGCCGGGACACGCCGCCCCCACCCCCCCCCUUCACCCCC